AUGCGACAACUUUUCCCGCGCGCCUCCCGCGCCGCCGGUGUCCUCAGAUUAUCACAGACUUCCCCCAGACUAGCAGCUGCGGCAUGGCAGUCAACAAGACUCUACAGCGUCAAGCCCGAGGCCGCUUCCGCGGCCAAGCCCGUCGGCAUCGACGCCUCCAAGCUCACCAUUGAGAAGACCAAGAACCCGGGAACGCUGGGCAAGCCGGAGGAGCUCGUCUUCGGCCGCAAGUUCACUGACCACAUGCUCACCAUCGAGUGGAACCAAGAAACGGGAUGGCUCGACCCCAAGAUCGUCCCCUACCAGAACCUCUCUCUCGACCCCGCGACCUGCGUCUUCCACUACGCUUUCGAGUGUUUCGAGGGCAUGAAGGCUUACAAGGAUAAGAGCGGUCAGAUCAGACUCUUCCGCCCUGACAAGAACAUGGCCCGCCUCAACAAGUCCGCCGCCCGUAUCGCUCUGCCCACCUUCGAGCCUACCACCAUGAUCGAGCUCAUCUCCAAGUUCGCCAACCUCGAGAAGGACUUCAUCCCGGAUCAGAGGGGCUACUCGCUGUACCUGCGCCCGACCAUGAUCGGUACCCAAAAGACCCUCGGCGUUGGUCCUCCGGGCUCUGCCCUGCUCUACGUCAUCGCAUCCCCCGUUGGCCCCUACUACCCCACCGGCUUCAAGGCCGUUUCUCUUGAGGCCACCGACUACGCCGUCCGCGCCUGGCCCGGCGGUGUCGGCGACAAGAAGCUCGGCGCCAACUACGCUCCCUGCAUUGUUCCCCAGCUCGAGGCUGCCAGCCGCGGUCACCAGCAGAACCUGUGGCUCUUCGGCGAGGAGGAGUACGUCACCGAGGUCGGCACCAUGAACAUGUUCGCCGCCAUCAAGAACAAGGAGACCGGCCAGAAGGAGCUCGUCACCGCGCCCCUCGACGGCACCAUCCUCGAGGGUGUCACCCGUGACUCCGUUCUUGCUCUUGCCCGCGAGAGGCUCGUGCCCGAGGGCUGGAUGGUUUCUGAGCGCAAGUACACCAUGAAGGAGCUCGAGGAGGCGUCCAACGAGGGACGUCUCAUCGAGGCCUUUGGUGCUGGAACCGCUGCCAUUGUCAGCCCCAUCCGCACCAUUGCCUGGAAGGGCAAGUCCAUCAACUGCGGCCUGACUGAGGCCGAGGAGUCUGGCGAGAUUGCCCUGAGAAUGAAGGGCUGGAUGGAGGCCAGACAGUACGGUGAUGAGGAGCACGAGUGGAGCUAUGUUGCUCCCGCGUAA